UCAUGAAGAUAAAUGUUCGAUUGAUCGUCGUUUGCACGAUUCUUUUGGCUCUUUUGAUUCGAACGAAAGCGGACAUCAAGAGAGAAUGCCGCAAACAAUCAAUGGUUUCAUGGGCGUCAUUGAAAAAAUUAAAAGCCGGUAAUUUUGAUCAAGAUGAUGAUCCACGAUUGAAAUGUUAUCUAAGAUGUUUUAUGAUGAAAAAUGGUAUCCUCGAUAACAAUGAUCAUUGGAUGGACGUGAAUAAAGUGAUUCAACAAUUACCAAGAUUUAUACAGCAAUCCUCGUGGGAGAUAUUUCGACGAUGCAAGUCCCUUCCUGGAGAUGAUUUCUGUGACAAGGCAUUUCAAGUUGCCAGAUGUUAUGUCAAAUUGCAACCAUCUAUUGCAAUUGUGCGCGAAGCAAUAUGUGCAGUGUUUAUGGUGAUAUCAUCAAACUGCGUGCAAUGCAGUCUUUGA